UACAGCCUGAAAAGCUUCAGAGCACAAGCUCACCUCUCUCUCUCUCACAGCAGAGCAAAUCGCGCACAUUUUCCGAGAAAACCCGAUCGCAGGAAGUUACCGAGCUUCUAUGAUUUGCCGGCGAGUUUUUCCGGCAAUGUCUAACUCACGCGGUCGAACCUUCUUUCUUCUUCUGCUUCACUCGGUAGUAGUAGCUCUGGUCUCUGCUCAGGGAUCUAACAACACAAGUAUCUGGCCUACACUUAGCGGUAAACCGCCUUUAGUCAUUGCACGCGGUGGGUUUUCAGGGCUAUUUCCUGAUUCUAGUUCUGUUGCCUAUGAUCUGGCGCUGCAAAUUAGUGUAUCCGAUGUGUUCUUAUGGUGUGAUGUGCAAUUGACAAAGGAUGGAGCUGGGAUCUGUGUGCCCGACAUAAAGUUGGAGAAUGCAACUGACAUUUCGACUGUUUACAACAGCAGGAGUAAGACCUACCUUGUUAAUGGGGCUCCUACCAAAGGAUGGUUUUCGGUGGAUUUCACCUUUAGUGAGCUGGCAACUAAUGUCAUCUUAAAUCAAGGAGUCUAUUCUCGAACUAAUAAGUUUGAUGGCAAUGGCUUCCAAAUUCUCACUGUUCAAAACUUGACUGCAACAAUGAAGCCACCAGGCUUAUGGUUGAACAUUCAGCAUGAUAUAUUCUUCACGCAACACAAUUUAAAUAUGAGAAGCUUUGUACUUUCGGUGUCGAGAAGUGUGAUAAUUGGUUAUAUUUCAUCACCAGAGGUGGGUUUCCUAAGAAGUAUAACGAAACGAUUUGAUCCUAGAACGACAAAACUGGUCUUCAGGUUUCUAGGACAGGAUGAGAUUGAGCCUUCAACCAACCAGACAUAUGGUUCUCUGUUAAAGAAUCUUACGUUUAUCAAGACUUUUGCCUCUGGAAUUCUCGUUCCCAAAGGUUACAUAUGGCCUGUAGAUCCAAGUCUUUAUUUACUACCUCAUACCACUGUUGCCGUAGAUGCUCAUAAGGCAGGGCUAGAAGUGUUUGCAUCAGAUUUUGCAAAUGACGUUCCAUUUAGCUUCAAUUACAGUUAUGAUCCAUUAUCUGAGCACUUGUCUUUCAUUGACAAUGGUGACUUUUCCGUUGAUGGUCUGCUGACCGACUUCCCACUUACUUCAUCGGCAGCAAGAGAUUGCUUUGCUCAUCUAGGCAAUAAUGCUUCAGCACAAGCAAAGCCUUUGGUUAUCUCCAAAAAUGGAGCAAGUGGAGAUUAUCCUGGUUGCACAGACUUAGCAUAUAUUAGAGCUAUUGAAGACAAAGUAGAUGUCCUUGAUUGCCCUGUUCAAUUGGCUAAGGACGGAACACCAUUCUGCUUAAGCUCGAUAAAUCUGAUAGAUAGCACAACGGUUGCCCAAUCACCAUAUAGCAACCUUACAACUUCUAUUCCAGACAUUAAGGCUGGGACUGGAAUAUUUACCUUUAACAUGACAUGGAGUGAGAUUCAAGGAUUGACACCGGCAAUAGCAAACCCUUACUCCACCUAUAGGUUGUUCCGGAAUCCAAAGUACAAAAAUGCAGGGAGGUUUCUAACAUUGUCCGAGUUUUUGGGCUUGGCAAAGAAUGCGAGCUCCCUUACUGGUGUCUUGAUCAGCAUAGAGCAUGCGGCCUAUCUUGCACACCAGGGAUUAAGUGUAACCGAUGCAGUCGCUGAUGCCUUGAGCAAAGCUGGUUAUGAUAAUCAGGCAUCCCCAAAAGUUAUGAUUCAGUCUGCUAAUAGUUCUGUUCUAAUGAAAUUCAAGGACAAAAAAAAUUAUGAGUGUGUGUAUAAGGUUGACGAGAAUAUUCGUGAUGCCCUCGACUCAACUGUUAAGAACAUAAAGACGUUCGCCCAUUCUGUGGUUGUCGGCAAGGAGUCUGUGUUUCCUGAAAAUCAGGCAUUCAUCACUAGUACUACCGAUACCGUAUCAAAGCUGCAAUCAUUUGGGCUCCCUGUCUAUGUAGAAACAUUCAGCAAUGAAUUUGUGUCCCAAGCAUAUGACUUCUACUCGGAUGCACAUGUGGAGAUCAACACAUAUGUCAUGGCGGCCAAAGUUGAUGGUGUCAUCACCGACUUCCCUAAGACAGCUGCUAGAUACAAAAGAAAUCGAUGCUUAGGUUUGGGCAACAAGACACCUUCUUACAUGUCAUCUGUUCCACCUGGUGGUCUCAUGCAAGUCAUUACUGAAACCUACAUGCCACCAGCAGAGGCUCCAAACCCUGUCCUGACAACUGAAGAUGUGGUGGAGUCACCUUUGCCCUCUGUUUCUCCACGAGGCCCAAGUACCAGCCCAGGUGGUGGAACUUCAGCAGUAGCUCCAACUCCGCCGAAUGGGAAACCCAAGCUAGCUUCAUGCUUCUUCCUGACAUAUCUAGCAAUGCUUCUUGCUGCUCUUUUUCUAUCCUGAAAGAUGUAACACGUUCGCACAUUAUUUUGUGCUCUUUGUAUUUCUCAUUUCUGUGUUACCGGGAGCUCUUUGCUAGCUGCAUGGAACAUUAACAAGGCCAAUCCCAAAAUUUCCCGAAGAGCAGUGAAUUCUUUCAUCCUCUCUCAUCUUUUUUUUUUUUUUUUUCGAACUUGUAGGCAUGUUCAUUCUUUUCCCUUGUAAUUUGAUGAUAGAUUCUUGAGGGGUACGUGUGAUGAUGGAAUUAUUGUAGUCUGCAAUUUGCAUUUAUGUUUUGUUUAAGAUGUAGCCAUCAUAAAUGAUUAUUCUUUGGUGUGCAUUGUGCA